AUGGCGACGGCGCAUGAGCUGGUACCCAAGGUGGAGACACAGGCGAGCGAUUUCGUCAAGCUGUACCCCGAGUACGAUGGCCGCAAUGUAGUCGUUGCAAUCUUCGACACUGGAGUCGACCCUGGCGCACCCGGGCUUCAACGGACACCAGACGGUCGGCCGAAGAUCAUUGACAUCGUCGAUGCGACCGUAGGUGAUGUUGACAUGACGACCGUGGUCAAGGCGAAAGGAGGCAAGCUCAAGGUCAGUGCGCAAAAGGUAUGGACGGUAAAUCCGGCCUGGAAUGCAGUCGACGACAACUUUCGCGUGGGGAUCAAGCGCGGGUACGAGUUUUACCCGCAGCCCCUCGUGACGCGGCUCAAAGAAGCUCAUAAAGACGACUGGACCAAGUUCCAACGUUCCGCGAUCAAUGCCACGCAAUGCGAGCUUGCAGAAUGGACACGGACGCACGACAUCAAAGCUCUGACGCUUGCCGAUGUCGAGGUCCGAAAGGACAUCGUGGCCCGCCUGGCCAUUCUCGAGGACUCUGUGAAAUCGUUCGACGACCCUGGUCCCGUGUUUGAUUGCGUUGCGUUCUUCGACGGCACUCAUUGGCGUGCCGCCGUGGAUGCGACCGGCACAGGCGACUUUUCAACCGCCCACGCGAUCGCGAGCUAUCGAGUGGCCCAAGAAUACGCCACGUUCAGCGACGAAAGUCAGCUCAAUUACGCGCUCAACGUGUAUGACGAUGGCGACGUGCUGAGCAUCGUGUGCGACGCAGGCUCCCACGGCACCCACGUGGCAGGGAUCGUCGCGGCGUAUCACGAAUACGACCGGACCAAUAAUGGCGUGGCACCAGGCGCUCAGAUCGUGUCUGUCAAGAUUGGAGACAGCCGUCUGGGGGCGACAGAGACAGGGGUUGGCAUCUGCCGAGGGAUCCUGGCGGUACUCGAGCACAAAUGUGACAUUGUCAACAUGAGCUAUGGCGAGCACGCAGCGCGCCCCAACUACGGCCGGCCCGUUGAAUUGAUUCAAGAGCUUGUCGAAAAGCACGGCGUGAUGUUUGUGGCGAGCGUCGGGAACGACGGGCCCGCGUUAGGCUCGAUCAAAUCGCCUGGAGGGCUGUCAUCGUGCAUUCUCGGAGUCGGCGCGUACGUGUCUCCAGACAUGAUGGCGGCAGAGUACUCAAUGCUGGAGCGCCAUCAUCAAGGCACCGCGUACACGUGGUCGUCACGGGGACCGGCGAUGGACGGCGACGUCGGCGUGAACGUGUUCGCUCGUGGUGGGGCGAUUACGUCGGUGCCGCAGUGGACGCUCAUGAAGAAGCAGCUGAAGAACGGGACGUCCAUGGCGUCCCCCAACUGCGCUGGGUCCGUUGCGCUGUUGUUGAGUGGGUUGAAGGCCAACAACACCGGUGCAAACCCAUACGAAUUGCGUCGAGCGCUCGAGAACACAGCGAUCAAGGUGCCGCAUGUCGAGUCGUUCGCGCAAGGCUGCGGGCUCAUUCAAGUCGUUCCUGCUUUUGAAUACUUGCAAAAGUACGCUGCCAAGGAUGCGCACGUGCCGUUGUACUACGACGUCCGAGUCACGCGACCUGGCACGACCGCGAACACGCGAGGCGUUUGUCUCCGUGAGCCUACCGAAGUGUUUGGCGCGCCCAACGUCGAAGUGCAGGUGAAGGUGUGUCCUGUCUUUCACGCCAGUGCCCCCAAUCCCGACAAACUUCGCUUGGACAUGAACAUUGCCCUCGUGACGUCGCAGUCCUGGAUCGCGGUGCCCCCGACAAUUGCCUUGUUUCACGACAGCCGUGUGUUCUCCGCGUUGGUGCAUCUGGACCACCUCGCGACUGGAAAGGUCCACUUUGGCGAGAUCCUCGGCUAUGACGCCACCGAUAGAGCCAAGGGGCCGCUCUUUCGAGUGCCCGUGACGGUGAUGAAACCCACGGUUCUGGUGCAACCUCACAAGACGCUGUCACCGACCGUGGCCCCCGGGGCCAUCUUUCGAUCGUUCUUCAUCGUCCCAGCCGGUGCCACAUGGGUCGAUGUCCGCGUCACUUCGGGGAAGCAGCUGCAGACGCUCGGACGAAAUCGCACGGUGGUGCUGCACUUGAUGCAGUACGAAACGCAUACACGACCGAGCGCGACAUCCUUCCACAAGCGAUUUCAGCUGGAUGCGUCGGACGCGGCGUACAGCAUGUCGGUGCGGGCGUUAUCAACGAUCGAAGUGUGCGUGGCGCCCAUGUGGAAUACAGGCAGCGACCCCGUCCUGCUCGAAGUCGACGUUGUGUUUCGAGGGAUCGUGCCCCACCAAACUUCGAUCGUGGUCCAAGGGGGCGAAGGGGUCACUCGAGUCAAUUUAACCGCGAUGCUGGCGCAGGAAAACAUCCUUCCGCAAGCCAAGUUGUGUACAUGGACGCAGCGCCACCGGCCGACGGAGAAUGCCAUCACGCCGUGUUCCAGUCGAAGCACGUGGCCCGACUCUCGUGUCGUGUACCAGCUCGUCGUCACGUACAAGUUGACAAAAUCGGAAGACGGGAAAGCAGUGCUGCGGCUGCCCAUCUUGAACGGGAGACUGUACGACGCCCCAUUCGAAUCGCAGCUUGUUUUAGUCUUUGACGCGAACAAGAAGCUCCUGGCAGCUUCCGAUGCUGUACCAAAAGAAGUGGUGUUGCCCAAGGGACCGUUGAUCGUUCGAGUGCAGGUUCGACAUGAAGACUACACGUUGCUCGAUAAGCUGGCGAAUAUGGUACUCUUUGCAGAUUUCACGGUGAAGGAUAUUGUCGUGCCAGUGUACGACACACCGGACGCCGCUUCCCUGGGAUCCAAGCCCAUGGGCUCUUUCGUCCUUGAACGGGGGCUGCAGGUGCCAGUGUAUGUGGGCGAGCCAGACAAACUCCCCAAGGGCGUCGGCCCUGGCGAUUUGCUGUCUGGGCGCAUUACGUUUGGAAAGAGAGGCGGGACGAAUUGGAAGGGGUCGGCAUGCAAACCCGACGGAUUCACGUUGACGUAUGUGGUGCCACCAGCAGAGGCCAAGCGAAAGGAGCCGGAUGUUGCGCCGACGACAACUACAGACGACUUGGAGGAAGAUGCGCUGCGGGAAUUCAUCUUGACUCGCGUGAAUAAAGCCAUUGGAAAGGUUACGUUUGAUGCGUUGUGGGAGAAUGCAAUUGCAACUUAUCCCAAUUCGAUUGCCCUGUGGAAGGCGAAACUCGCGCAUCUCGACAAUGAAAAGAAUCGCCUCCAGCACCUCCAAGAAAUCGUGGAGGCUGCGACUACGCUGGAGACGUUGAUGGCGCCGUGGCUGCCCACCAUGACUGCGUUUUAUGGCGUGCGACAACUCCCUGGGCAUUCUUCGGUCAAGACCAAGAUGGACAAAGACAAGGCUACGAUCGUCGACACGUGGGCACGAAAGGCGCGGGCACUCGGAGACCUCAAAUACGCUGUCGAGUUUGAGAAAACGUUUGGGCUCUUGCAGCAGUGGGCAAACGUCGAUGACCCCAAGUUUCUCCAUGUCGGGUUGCACGAAAACCUCGAGAAGAAGCAAUUCGGGACCGCCUUGCAGCGCUUACAGAAAUUCCAAGAGCUCGAUGCCACGGACCGCGACAAGAUCAUGCCACCGAAGAAGGUCUUGGAGAAGAAAAUCGAGAUUUACGCAGCGUUGGGGUGGACUCACAUGAUCCACCAUGAGCAGACAUGGGCCGCGAUCAAUGCGCCGGCCAGAUAUACCCUUUUUUAGAGGCUUCGUUCGGGGCCUGCUUACCUUAACGUCGUCCACUUCAAUGGACAUGCAAGCACAGUGGAUUCAUCACCAACUUAACCCACCCCAUGGCUGAAACCGUGUUGUCUAAAC